GUCCUCACACACUUUGAGGAGACUCAGCUGCAGGUAUCGGUCUCUUCUCUGCCGAGGAAACAAAACCUUCCACACCGAAGCAGAUGUGAAAGAUUUAAUCCAGAUGUAAAAGAUUUAAUCCAGAUGUGAAAUGUAAAGAACAGUUUGUGGUUUUUAUCCGUUCAUGUAGCUUCAAACAAGAGAAGAAUAAGUUUGUAUAAUUCCAAACAUGCAGCCUUAAAGUAGACGUUCGGUCCUUAGGAGAUGAGGAGCUGCAGAGUCUAACACCUGAGGACGUCAUGGGAAAAUGGGAGCUGACAAUGAACCCAGUGCAGGAGUGGGGCGAGGAGUUUGAGGACGGCGCCGUGUACGGGGUCACUCUGCGCCGGGAGCCCGCCCCCUCCUCCGCCCCCCAAACCGAUGAUGCGAACCCGUCCUGCGCUUUUGUCCAGUACCGAACCUGCAAGGUGCGGCGUCUGAAGGCCGCCACGCUGCAGCUGCUGGUGAACCACGUCCUGGACCCGAGCUACCAGGAGCAGGACUACAGCAAGAUCUUCCUCUCCACGUACAGAACGUUCACCAGCAGCUCCACGCUCAUAGAGCUGCUCUUCCAAAGAGACAACGCUGCGUCAGACCUGGACAUCUGUGACAGCUACAGGAGCCCUCUGUUAGCCUUCAUCCAGACGUGGUUGGAUGAGUUCAGCGAGGACCUCAGGGAUCCUCCCACGCACUCGGCCCUCAGGCUGCUGCUGGAUCACCUGAGCAUCAGCUCCGCGGUGCUCGACAACAUGCGCAGCCAACCCAACUUCUGCUCGUUGGCCGGGCAAGCCGAGGCGCUGCUCAAGAGCUUCCAGAGAGAAGAACCGGAGACGAACGUCGGUUCUGCUCCGGCGGAUCUGGAUCAGGAGGACGAGGGAUCUGGUGAUGACGACUCAGGAUGUGAAAACUCUCUGGAUCCAGGUGGGAUCAUGGAUUUCUCUGCUGCCGCCGUUGCCGAACAGCUCACCCGCAUGGAUUCUGCUCUUUUUGUCAAAGUGGUUCCUUACCAGUGUCUGGGCUGCGUGUGGUCUCAAAGGGACAAGAAGGAAAACAUGUCUCCCACCAUCCGGGCCACCAUCUCCCAGUUUAAUGCCGUCACCAGCCAGGUGAUCAUGUCGCUGCUCUGCCAGCCCGAGGACCCCGCCUCCAGUCCCACUUCCGCCUGCCGGCCCCCCACCACUCCUGCACAAAGGGCCCGCAUCAUCGAGAAGUGGAUCAGAGUAGCGCAGGAAUGUCGUGUGCUGAAGAACUUCUCGUCUCUCAGGGCGAUUCUGUCGGCGCUUCAGUCUAACGCCGUCUACAGGCUGAGGAAGACCUGGGCGGCUGUCAGCAGAGAGAGCACGUCCACGUUUAAUAACCUGUGUGAGACGUUCCCUGACGAGAACUGUGUCCUCACCAACAGAGAGCUGCUGGGGGAGGACGGAGGCCAGGCCAGCGUGGAUAACAUUUCUCCAAAGAUAUCCAAGCGGUGUCCGAUCUCCAGACAGAUGAGUACGUCCAGUGGAGUGGUUCCUUACCUGGGGACCUACCUGACCGUCCUCACCAUGCUGGACACUGCUCUGCCCGACACCGUGCAGAGUGGACUCAUAAACCUCGAGAAGAGACGAAGGGAGUUUGAGGUUCUGUCUCAGAUCCGUGUGCUGCAGGCGUCCUGUUCCCAGUACACUCUGCCCCAUCACCCCAGAGUCGCUGCCUGGCUGCAGGGACACAAGCUGCUCACCGACCAGGAGAGUUAUGAACUGUCGAGACAGCUGGAGCCUCCGGUGGACGUUUGCUCACCGGUUCUGUGGAGCCACCGCACGCUCACCAAGAAGCUCUCCAGUCUCCUGACCGUGAGCGAUGGAUCCAAGAAACUCCCGGCCGACCGGAUCAGCGUCUCCUCCUCCGGAUCCAGUGGAUCUGAGAUGGAGGAUCUCUCCUCCCCGAACUCGGCCUGCUCCAUCAGACUGCAGUCCUUUCACAGCUCGUGCAACAACGUGUCCGAGCCCUUCUCCUCGUCCUCCUUUGCGUCAUCCUCCCCGUGCUCCUCCGCCGCCUCCUCUCCAGACUCUCCCACUCCCUCCAGCCCCCCCUGCAACUGCCGGGCGGACCCUCACCCGCCGGCCUCGUCAUGCGGCGGCGGCGGCGGUGCACGGCCGAAGUCUUCGCUGGCCUCCCUCCACAAACGCUCCGUGUCCAUGACCUCUCUGCCCGUGUACAACCGUCAGGUGGCCGACUCGUGCAUCGUCAGGGUGAGCGUCGACUUGUCCCAGAGCAACGGCAACAUGUACAAAAGCAUCCUGUUGACCAGUCAGGACAAAACUGCUCAUGUGAUUCAGAGGGCGUUGGAAAAACAUCACCUUGAGCACAUGAGCUGGAAGGAGUUCACCCUGACUCAGGUCAUCUCCCAGAACAGAGAGUUGCUCAUCCCAGACAAAGCAAACGUCUUUUACGCGAUGUCCACAUCGGCAAACUUUGACUUCGUUUUACGGCAAUUCCCCAAAGGCCAGAAGAAACCGCUGAGGGCCACAUCCAGCCUGGGGCGAUACACAAAGUAGCUCCGAGAGUCCGGAGGAGCUUCUUCCUGGAGAGUGGUCCUACUUUUUAACAGUUGUUCUAGAAGACGACGUUCUCAGACCUGAGAUCCACGUUUUCACCAGAGAUGAAACUUUUUAAAACGUGACUCACAAUGAUGCAGAAGCACUUUAUGAAGAGGAAGCGGCCGAAACUGAUGAAGCUUCAGAUAAACACCUGGAUCGGACUUGCUUUUUUUUCCUGUUGGAAUAAACCGGGCAUAAAUCCGACCAUUGAACCAAAGAAUUCCUUGAUUUUUUUCCCCUGAGGCGUUUGAGUCCGCUGCUCGAUGUCCCUUUAUAUAGUCGUUGCUAUGAAGACGUCCCUCAGAGAGCAACACGUGUGGACAUCAGCGACCUACAUAUCUAAAAAUGUAUGUAGAUAUAUAUAUACAUGAAAGCUGAGAAAUAACACAGCUGGACGCUAAUAAUAACCUGUGUGUUAGAUAAGGGUAUGUGGGUCAGAUGCUGUGCACAGCCGGUAUCUAACUCCCGGCGCCCUGCAGCGAGUGGUCGGCCGCUGCAGAUGAGACACCCCUGCUGUGCUGGACGUGUUGCCGUAUGAGGAGUGGGUGGAGUCGCUCUCAGCAGGGAUCAGUGUGUUCCCUGCGAGUCUCGGAUCUGUUGCCGUGAUGUUUAGCGUGCGCGGCUCGCACCCCCGACCGGAAAGAUGGCAUUCCUGAACUCUGGUAACCAUGGCAGCAGCAGAUAUUUGACGGACGGAGAUGUAAAUGCAAAUGAGGCAACGAUAAGGGUGAUCUGUUCAUGCUUGUAGAUUUUCUGAUGGUUUCUAUUUAUUUUCACUUUGGUUCCGCUAUGGUUCACUUUGAAUGCACCUUUAUCACGUUGUGAUGACUCACGAGGCUUUAACUUCGUGUUCUGACUUUUAUUCGGAGACACGGUUGAUUGACGUGGCCAGAAUUUCUUCUCCCCUGAUGAAAACUGAGAAUAUUUAAAAUGCCUGUUUGUAUUUUUUAACUUAAUUGUAUUUAACAGUGAGGCGCAGACUUGUGAAGCUGGGAUGGAACCCCCCCAUAAACAAGAAUAAACAUUUUAGAAUAAGUUAAUUUCUCCUGAAACUGUGCAAUAUCAACACCCCCUCUGUCGGUCGUUUAUAAUUUAUCUUAUAAAUAUGUUUGACGUGUUCAACCUUUUUUUGAUGAAGACAAAUGUUUGGUUGUAAAACAAAAUGAAUAA